UUGUAUUGCUUGUGACAGCUGCAGCAUGUGAUAGUUUAGAUUCGAAACACAGCGUCUAAAUACCGCCUCAGGCUCAAGCACAUCUUGCACACAUUCUUGAUUCUAAUCUAUAUGAAACUACCUAGUUAUAGAAGAAUCCCAAUUGAAUCGAAAACUUUGUAUUUACGCUGGAUUCUUACCUAUUGGCGUGAUAGCGAGGUACACCGCAUGCGAUGACGAUCAAAACAUAACCUGACUCCAACAAUCGCUGCUCGACUACUGAGUGCAAAUAUCGUAUUCGACGUUUCAGAAGUACGGUUGGCAACUACGAGCAGGAUAUCUAGACAGAAAAUGUUAUCAGUGUUUCGCGUUUUUACAAAAGCUUACAGCACUCGUCGGGUGGUCGUAACUGGGUUGGGCGCCGUCACCCCAUUGGGGGUCACAGUUCCCGCAACAUGGACGGCGCUAUUGGAAGGCCGUUCUGGCGUGACAAAUACACCGAGUGACAAGGUCUUUCAAGACUUGCCUUGUCGCGUGGGUGCUUUCGUGAAUGCACCAGAUUUGGCUACCCCAGUCUUCGAACCUAUGAACGUCGUAAAUUUCUCUGAGGUACGAACAUUUAGCUCAGCAACAAUUUACGCACUUCAGGCUGCGAAGGAAGCGUUACAGGAUGCCAAAUGGGAACCAUCGUCGUUAGAUGAGGGUGGCGAUCGUACGGGUGUAGCGAUUGGCAUGGCUAUAACCGAUUUAGAAUAUAUCAUUGACACUGGAACCGCGUUUCGGACAGAAGGGUACAAAAAAGUGUCACCAUUUUUCGUGCCUCGAAUACUGACUAAUAUGGCCUCAGGAGCAAUCAGCCUUCGGUACCGUUUUCGAGGCCCUAAUCAUUCUGUGGCUACAGCGUGCGCUACUGGCAUUAAUGCAAUCGGCGACGCUUUUCAGUUCAUACGAUACGGCAAAGCAGAUGUUAUGGUAUGUGGUGGGACGGAGGGCCUGAUUUCGCCUUUAAGCAUUGCCGGUUUCAGCCGAAUGCGUGCUCUCAGCACGAAAUUUAACAGCGAACCGAGUAGAGCGUCUCGGCCAUUCGAAAAACACCGCGACGGGUUUGUCAUUGGUGAGGGUUCAGCAGUGAUAGUUCUCGAGGAGUUGGAGCACGCCAGAAAGCGGAAUGCUCGUAUCUACGCGGAGAUACUGGGUUAUGGAUUAGCCGCGGACGCUUACCACAUUACAGCUGCGUCCGAAGAUGGCGCUGGCGCGUAUCUGUGCAUGCGUGCAGCUCUCCGUGACGCCGGUAUCCGGCCAGAGGACGUGGGCCAUAUCAAUGUGCACGCGACUUCGACGCCAAUCGGUGAUGUCGCUGAGGUAGUAGCCAUGAAAAGGCUCUUUGAAUACGGUAAAAAUUUCCCUAAUGACAGGCAGUUGCCGCUAGUUUGCGCCACCAAGUCGAGUACAGGGCAUCUGCUUGGAGCGGCUGGAGCUAUCGAAACGGUAUUUACUAUACUCGCCGUCGACAAUGGGGAGAUUCCGCCCACUUUAAACUUCGAGGAGCCCGAUGACAAAUGUAUCGGCCUUCAAGUAUCAUCCACUAAAACGAAAUGGGACCAGCGGGGCAGAAGAGUGGCGCUCAAUAACUCGUUUGGGUUCGGUGGGACGAAUGCGACCCUUGUUAUAGCUCAAUGUAAAUGAUACCACAUAGACAUUGAAAAUCUAGGGUGUUAGUGUAGAACCGAUCAGAAAUAAUGCUUUUAUAUUUUGUUGUGAAAUAUUCAACGCUUUAAAACGCAGCUUUCGGUGAAUAUAUCUGAAACAUCAUUCUUUAGCUACUCUGUUAUAUUGAUGUGC